CUUUGGUAUCUUAGCAACAGCUGCUGGCUGCUUUUCAGUUACUUAAGUCUCAGAGCUGUUACUAUCUCUCACCUCUGGGACUGUCUGUGGUAGACAUGGAGGACAGGCUAAUAGAAACAGGCAACCUCUAUUCAUCAGAGGGUGACCACUUACCUCUGGAUGUAGACAUUUAUGAUCAUGACAUCUAUGAUAUCCCAGAUCCUGGGGUGCUCAUAGAAAAAAAUGAACUGGGUCUGUUGGGGGGACCACAGGUCCCGCAUCUCUUUACCAAUAGUCAGAGAUGGCAGAAUAUGUCACUGCGUCGCCGUGCCAGACUGCUGUGGCUACACCUACGUGCAUACCUCCACGACAUUGUAGAAAAGGAGAAGAGAGCAGAGCUGCGGGUCGCUCGCAUGACACAUGGGCUGGAGCCACUGCGUCACCUCGAGGUGGAAGCUGGACUGUGCUCAGUAGCGCAGGAUCCAGUGGGUGAACGCUUCAUGGUACUAGAUGGUGAAGGUUACCUGCAUCAGCAUACGAAGGAUGGCUGGGAGCAGGCAAAGUUGAAGCCUCCUGUCAUACUUAACGGGCUUGUGACUGUGCCUGGCCCUCUGGGAGAGAUAGGCCGCUUUGUCGGCUGGGGUCCAGCUGGACUAAGCAUAUUAGGGCCAGACUUCCACCUGCUCUGGCUAAGCAAGCCACGGGUGAACAAGUCACUGGACCAGGAACCUUUUUGCUGUUUACCAGUGCCCAGCCUGAGUCUGUUGAUUGUGGCCCAGAUGGGUGGCAGCCUGGAGCUCUGGAAGUUCCGUUCAGGUGGUCGCUGUCUGGUACCCUGUGGUUCACCUUUGCGGCCACCACCCGGCUUGUCUGGCUCGUUCAAGUGCCUGGCCCUAGGGCUGGAACCUGACCACUGCAGUUGGCAUUGCUUUGCUGCCUAUGGCUCGGCGGUGCUCACUUUUGAUCUGGACGACUGGGCUCUCAUAAAUGUUAGCCAGGAUCUGCAUAAAACCAUCAUCUCAGAUCUGGAUUACUGUGAGGAGAUGGACGCCAUGGUUACAGCUUCCCGGGAUAGUACUGUGAAAGUGUGGGAGGCUGACUGGCAGAUCCGGAUGGUGUUUGUAGGACACACAGGUCCAGUGACAGCUAUGACAGUGCUCCCAAAUAGCACGCUGGCAGUGUCUGCCUCACAGGACGGGACAAUUCGCACAUGGGAUCUGCGGGCCGCAGCUCAGGUAGGAGAGGUAACUCUCGGUUGCUGGACCGAAGACAUAAUCUCUGAGAAAGUGAGCCAUUUGCUGGCUCCUGCAAGUCCUGGCUGGCCGGUGCUCUCUCUCUGCUCAAAAAGCAUAGAGCUAUGGCGUGUGCGUACCCUCUAUUCACCAUUAGCACAGCUCUCCGCACCAGUGCUCCAUAUACAGGUGGCGCCAGUGCUACCAGCGCCAACUGAUCCAUCUCUGCCUGCUCGCCUUGUAUGCGCCUGCGCAGAUGGAUCGGUCCACCUGGUGUCUGCUACUACAGGACGAACUGUGAGUUCACUGCUGUUGGAACCGGAGGACUGUGCAGCUGGGGUGGCUUAUUGUUUGUCUCGAGAAGCGUUGUGGGUGCUAACACGCUCAGGGCACCUAGUGCGCGCCAAUGCCGCACGCUGCCCGAUGGUGGUGGUACACCGCCUGCGUCCACCUCCACCUCCAGCGCCGCAGCCCUGCUGCCUGCACCUCUAUAGCCAUCUUACAGAUUCUCGAAGUGCAUUCGCUUGCUGGGAGAUUGUGCGCCAGAAUCAGGGUGACAUGCUCCGCAGUGCCAUUGCCUGGGCCUGGAAAAAUAAGAAUAGGUUUCUUCCGGUGAUGGGGCACUCAGAUGGCACACUGUCUGUGUUGGAUUGGCGCACAUCAGUAACAGUCUUUCACACAGAAGCACACAGCCCAGGACCAGUGACUGCUAUUGGGUCCACCUGGAGCAGCAUUGUGACUUCAGGUGGAGACCUGACAGUAAAGAUGUGGCGUGUAUUCCCAUACGCUGAGGAAUGCCUGAGUCUGCUACAGACCUUUUCCUGUUGCCACCCGGUGGUGAUGCUCUGUGUCCUGGGGAAGCGCAUCACUGCAGGCUUUGAGGAUCCAGAGCGUGCCACCUAUGGCCUGGUGCAGUUUGGCCUGGGUGACAAAAUGCGUUGUGACCACCGACCGCAGGAUGACCCUAUGGACCAUAUCACUGGUGAGCAUGGAACGGAGCCAAGGAGAAGCCCGUGCCCUCACCCUCAACUGCUUCCUAAUCUUAGUUCUGCCCUAGGUCUGUGCUGCUGCCCCACCCUUAAGAUAUUUGCCUGCUCCAGCCUGGAUUGCACCAUCCGAAUAUGGACCAGGGAGAACCACCUGCUGCGGCUCCUGCAGCUUGAUGGUCCCCCUCAGGCCCUAGCCUUCGCCAGCAACUAUGGAGACCUGGUUUUCUCACUAGGCUCCCGCCUCCACCUGGUGUCCUAUUCGACCUACUUACCUACAUCCUAUCUAGUUAAGAAAUUGUGUCUGAAGGCCUCUGAUGUGAUCAGUGACCCACCACUGCCACUCACCAGCAAGAAGCCACUGACUUCCAGCCAGUUGCAGAGGCUUGCCAAUCUACGCGGAGCAGCGAGCCUCAGCGUGGCCUUGCCCUUCGGCUAUUACAAGAGAUCAGAACCUCAGCAGCCAGUGUUGAAAAAGGACUUGGAGACUAUCAUAGCCCGGGAUCAAGACCUUCAAGAACUGAUACAAGGACUGGUGGCCCCAGCAACUCGGCCCCCACUAACCUUGAAGCAGCGCCACAAAGCCUUCGACAAUUACUUACGUUUGGUCUAUGGGUCUGACCUGAUGGACAUAAACCCGGAAAGGGAAUCCCAGCAGUGGGGCACUUCAGCCCUUUCCACAGAGAAGGAGUCAUCGGACCAGGAGAGCCAGCCUGGACCUGUCAUGAUUGUCGGGCAGGCUGCAUUUAGCAAUGAUGUUCAGCCAGUGUUCCCACUCUCAUUCCCCCAACCCCCGGGGGGAGCUCCAGGAAAGCGCUUUGCCCGCCCUCCCCGAGUCUCCUUGCCCAUUCCACCCACCUACCGGAGGGUGCAUAGCCGGGCAUCCCAGCUUCUAGCACGUUCCUCCCUGAGCUGUGAGCUGGGCCUUGGCUUGGACCUACAGGUGCAAUGGGAUCAGUUUGCAGUCAAGGCCAUAGACCUGGACGCAUCAAUCGACUACAUGAAGAAUAGGGUUCCACUGUUGCUGCAAAGAAAGCCCGCAGAGCCUCUCUCAAAGCUCAUGGGCUUCUUUCCUGCUACCAUAAAGCCCUACAGGCUCCGUUCUCGGCCCAUCAAGUUUCCCGGCUGCGUCCCCAACUCUGUGGUACUGCGGCAAAUGUGGUUGCAAGCAGAGGUCAGCGGUCUUGGCUCCCUAGCAGAGCUUUCUAGCCAGAGCAGAACCAAGGCAGAAAGUGAAGAUGAGCAGUGGUCAAGGCGCCGAAAGCAUUCUUCUCUCAGGUGGCGAAAUAAACUAUUCGGUUUGCUCCGACUGACAAGGAGGAAAGGCGGGGAGGAGGAAGAGGAGGAGAGAAGAAAGGAAGAGGAAGUGUUUGAGAGAGACUUGAUCCCCUCUUCCCAAACUUCGGCGACAGAGCCAGAACACUGGAAGCCAGACACAGACAGUGCCACAGAUUUGAUCUCAAAACUUUGCAAUGAAGCCUCUAAGACUAAGGGCUACUCUCAGCCCCUCCAAUUUGGACGCUCAUUCUUGGAAGAACGCUAUGGGCAUUUGCCAAAGUUCCUGCAUUAUUUUGUGGUCCAGAACUGGUUCAAAAAACUGUUCCCUAUCUUUACCCUGGAGGCCUAUCCAGAGAUGGGCACAAUAGAGGGCUUGGCUUCCAUGUUUUUGGACUUCCUGUUAAAAGCUUCCUGGGCGGACAGAGUGAACAUUCUAAAUUCCCUGCUGAGGUUGUUGCCUGACAUCACGGGUAACCUCCGAAUCCGGUUGCAGGCCAAACUCUUGUACUUGCUCAACCAGGAUGAUCCGCCCAAGCUCCAGGACCCGACGCAGAAGGAGUUUGUGAUGAUAGCACUGCAGCUGCUCCUGGCCUGCAACCUGGACGUCCUUGAAGUAGUGCUGGAAAUUAUCUCCUACUACCUGUAUUCUCCAAUCAGUUGCCGGCAGGAGCUCAAGAAGCUGCUGGAGGGGUUGGGGCUCCACGACCCAGAAGGUGUGCUGUUCAAGGAAAUUAUGACCUGGGUUGAGGACUUGAAAGUUGAAUCCAAGGCCACCAUACGCAUCCAGUGUCAACAGAAGCUUGAAGACAUUUAUCUCCAGGCGGAUACCUUGGAGCAGUCCACAGUCAGUAUAUUUGUGGAGCCUUCCAGGCAGGUCUCACAAACCUCCCUCAUUUCUGGGGGAAGCUUGCCUGCCAUGAGCACCUCUUGGACAUUCUCACGAGCAUCAGAAAUGUCACUCGUGCCUUCACCCGUGGAGCCUAUAGAGUCUAUGGAGCAGGUGACGUCUAUUGUAUCCAUCCCAGAACUCCAGAUGGCAAGCUCACAGGCACAUAUGCGUAUCCAGAAAACCAAAAGGGUACUUGCCGAUAUGCUGCAGACCUUCGGUCUGGAGGACUCCGAGUAUCCAUUUAAGUUUGAUGUACCAAGAAGAGAGUCACCACUGGCGCAGACAUUAUGGGCACGCUCUCAGAUAGUAGAUCUGUUUCAUAUGGAUAUGCUUAAUCUCUUCUGUGAGAAGCGGCGGGUACAGCAGCAGAGAUCAUCGAUGGGAGAGGAGAAGGAGGAGGAGGGGAAGGAGGAGGAGGAAGAGGAGGAGGAGGAGGAGGAGGAGGAGGAGGAGGAGGAGGAAGAGGAGCAUUUACCUGUCUCACUCCUACGACGCCACCAGCUAAGGCCCAAUGCUGUGCUGCGGCCGCGCCGGGAACGCUGGCUCUAUCCAAUCCUCCGUCUUCAGGAGGCCAAGGCACCAGACUUUGGUGUGUUUCUCAGGACUUUGUUUGCCUGGCUUCCCACAUCCAGGUCACAAGAUGCAGAGCAGGGAGCUGACUACUGAUGGUUCUCUCCGAGUGCUGAAGCUGCCACUGCCAAGAGUGGACUUGCAGCCCUUCCCCCCAGGCUGGCCCACACCCCCACGGGCACUGCCCCCGCUCCUCCUUCAGCCUUCACUUCAACGCUACUUUCUGCUCCAAGAUACAUACCCUGGUGCCUUCAGUUGACCUGGGGGACAGAUAGCCAAGGCUCCAUGGCCAAAACCUAGUCCUACCCCCUUGGCAAAUCGCAAUACCAUACUUUGUCUAAAUUAAGAAAUAUAUAAACACACACAUAUAUAUUUAUUUACUUAUUGUGUAUCUAUAUAUGUUCAUUUGUGUGCAAGUACAUGUGUGGGCAUGCUUGUGGAGGCCAAAAAUUGCUGUCAAAGUGUUUAUUGUUCUGCACCCUAUUUUUAUUAGUCCUUGGUUUUAUAAAACAUCUCUCUACAUAGUCAUUGCUGGGGCUCGCUAUGUAGACCAGGCUAGUCUCUAACUCACAGGGAUCCACUUGUCCCUGCCUCCUAGGAGCUGGGAUUAAAGGCAUGUGCCACCGUCCCAGGGCCUAUUUUGAUGCUUCAGUUGUUUGAGUGUUUUCCUUUAUGUAUGUACCAAGUGGGUCUCAGCAGAAUAUUCUCUGCAGUUGGUAUACCAAUGAUUGAAACAGGUGGCAUUUGAGGAAAAGGAGCCAGGUAAGGGCUUAUGCUUCCCUCUUUCCUUCAUUCUCCAGGUCUGUAGAUGAAAGCUGUUUCUUUUGUUUGUUUUGUUGCUUUUGUUUUGGUUUGCAGUCUGCUGGUUUUUUUGUUUUGGUUUGGUUUUGGUUUUUUGUUUUGUUUUGUUUUGAUUUUGGGGUUUUUUUGUUGUUGUUGUUGUUGUUUGGUUGGUUUGGUUUGGAUUUUUCGAGAUAGGCUUUCUUUGUGUAGCCUUGGCUGUACUGGACUUGCUUUGUUGACCAGGUUGGCCUGGAACUUACAGAGAUCCGCCUGGCAGGAUAGGUCAUCUGUCCUGAUUACUUUUGGUUUGGUUUGGUUUGGUUUUUGUUGUUGUUGUUGUUUGUUUUGUUUUGUUUUGUUUUGGUUGUUGUUGUUGUUGUUGUUGUUGUUGUUGUUGUUGUUUUCGUCAAUUUGAUACAAGCUAGAGUAAUCUGAGAAGAGGGAUCCUCAAUUGAAAAACUGCCUACCAGACUGGCCUAUGGACAAGCCUAUUCUUCUUGAUAAUGACUGAUGUGGAAGGGCCAGCCCACUGUGGGUGGAGCAAGCCCUUAGGAGCUAGCCAGUUAGCAGCAUCUCUUCAAGGCCUCUGCUUCUGCUCCUGACUUCAGAUACCCGCUCUGAGUUUCUCUUCUGACUUCCCUCGGUAGCCUGUGACCUGAAAAGUGUAAAUAAAAGUUGUUUUUGGUUACA